AGCGACUUACUGCGGUUUCCUGCCUGCCCCCUCCACAUCCUUGUGUAUAUAAGCUCUAGCCCUGCCUCUCCUCCACACUUCUGCCUUGUUUCUGAUUCAUAAACGUCAGUUAAAGGACAAGCAAACAAAAUGCGUGAGUGUAUCUCUAUGCACGUCGGCCAAGCCGGAGCCCAGAUGGGCAAUGCCUGCUGGGAGCUGUACUGUCUGGAGCAUGGAAUUCAGCCUGAUGGUGAGAUGCCCUCUGAUAAAACUAUUGGAGGAGGUGACGACUCCUUCAACACUUUCUUCAGUGAAACUGGAGCAGGAAAACAUGUCCCAAGAGCCAUCUUUGUGGAUCUGGAGCCCACUGUCAUAGAUGAAGUACGUACAGGAACCUACCGGCAGUUGUUUCAUCCUGAGCAGCUGAUCACAGGAAAAGAGGAUGCAGCCAAUAACUACGCCCGUGGACACUACACCAUCGGCAAAGAGAUCAUUGAUCUGGUUUUGGACAGAACACGCAAACUGGUGAGUGAUUUCUGUGGACAUAAGAUGCAUGAACAUUACACCUCGUCUCAUUUAAAAAAAGGGAAAAUAAAGAUUUUUUUUUUUUUACAGGCUGACCAGUGCACAGGUCUGCAGGGGUUCCUCAUCUUCCACUCUUUUGGGGGUGGAACUGGCUCUGGUUUCACUUCUUUGUUGAUGGAGAGGCUCUCUGUCGAUUACGGAAAGAAAUCAAAGCUUGAAUUUGCUGUAUACCCAGCCCCUCAGGUGUCCACUGCAGUGGUGGAGCCGUAUAACUCCAUCCUGACCACCCACACAACCCUGGAGCACUCUGAUUGCGCAUUUAUGGUGGACAACGAGGCCAUCUAUGACAUCUGCCGUAGGAACCUGGACAUUGAGAGGCCGAGCUACACCAAUCUGAACAGGCUGAUUGGUCAGAUUGUGUCCUCUAUCACAGCCUCCUUGCGCUUUGAUGGAGCCCUGAAUGUUGACCUGACUGAGUUUCAGACCAACUUGGUGCCUUAUCCUCGUAUCCACUUCCCUCUCGCUACUUAUGCCCCUGUCAUCUCUGCUGAAAAAGCUUACCAUGAGCAGCUCUCUGUAGCUGACAUCACAAAUGCCUGCUUUGAGCCAGCCAAUCAGAUGGUGAAGUGUGAUCCUCGUCAUGGUAAAUACAUGGCUUGUUGUCUUCUGUACCGUGGUGAUGUUGUGCCAAAAGAUGUCAACUCUGCUAUUGCUGCAAUCAAAACCAAGCGCUCCAUCCAGUUUGUGGAUUGGUGUCCAACUGGUUUCAAGGUGGGCAUCAACUAUCAGCCUCCAACAGUGGUCCCUGGUGGAGACCUGGCCAAAGUGCAGAGAGCCGUGUGCAUGCUGAGCAACACCACAGCCAUCGCUGAGGCCUGGGCCAGACUGGACCACAAGUUUGACCUGAUGUAUGCCAAGAGAGCAUUUGUGCACUGGUAUGUGGGAGAGGGUAUGGAGGAGGGUGAGUUCUCAGAGGCCAGGGAGGACAUGGCUGCCCUGGAGAAGGAUUAUGAAGAAGUGGGCACAGACAGCUUGGCAGAUGAUGAUGAAGAUGGCGAGGAGUAUUGAAGUACUUAGGCAUCACAUUCCCAAAAUUAUCAAAUAAACAAACACAUUCCCAGCCUCAUUCGGACUGU